CAAUUUCCAUUCUAUUUGUUCAUAUUGUUAAAUAUUGGCUUGUCUGCAAUCUCUUUAUUGCAAUAACCAUUAAUUUUCGUAUUGGAGAAUAUCAUAAUUUCCAUUGUUCCGGGAGUUUAUAGUUUGAUCACGAAAAUUUGAGAGUUAAAAAGCACUUGUUAUGUUUUAUUAUUAUUAUGAUUGAAAAAUUGUCGUGAACAUUCCCUUUGUGAUUCGAAUUUGGAGAGUGUGAGGUUCCUGGAGAAUUAGGGUUCCGUUCAAUUUUGAUUUCUUUAAUAGUAAAUUUUUUUUUCCAUCUUUACUGUCAAAUGAUAUCUUUAUCACGUAUUCCAUUCUUAUGACUGAAAGGCUAAAUAUUUUCCCAUUCGUUUUAACUGGAAUUGGCCAGAAAUUCCAUGAAACAAAGUUAUUUGUUUUGAGCAAACCAGUGACGACCCAUGAUUUAUGCUGAAACUUCCAACAGAAAAUAUAUAUUAUUUAAAGAAAUUGUUGACAAAUUGCAAUUUUUGAUGGAAAAUUCAUUGCAAUUGGAUUCUUUAUUGAAAUGGCUUGUUAUUUCUUUUGGUUCCUGUUUUUCUUUUCUUUUUUUCUUGAGUAUUUUUUACAGAAAUUUUGAUAGAUUUUUGGCUAAUUUUCUGGCCUGCAUUCUUUUUCUCCCCGUGAUUAAACUGUGGGAUGGUCUAGCUCCCAUAUAAUGUCUAAGAAUUGUUGUAUGAUUGUGUCUAUUAUGUGUUUGCUAUUAUUUUUGCUUUAUGCUAUAGUUUGAGAUUCAUGAUUUUGGUAUAAGAAUUUGUCUUAGAGCCUUAUUUAUGAACUCUAAAAAAUUGCUUUCUCUUCGAGAGUGAGGGAGGGAGGGAGAGCUAUGUGUCAUACAUUUUUCAAAGGAGGUUGUUGCAAGACCCAGUAUUGGAUUACCCGCUAAGGGAUGUUCAAAUGAGUGUGUGGUUCCAUGGUAAAGGCCGCCUCUCAGUUUAGGUAAUCUCAUUCCAUCUCUUGUUGUACGCAUUCAUACUCAAUACCUUACCCAGUAGGCAGUCAACCUUGUGCAAAGUGUACGUAAAAUCUCCUUGCAAGACAAGAGUCCUCUUCGUCUCUUGUUAGUUCUAGGAUCUUUUUCAUGUCUAAAGUGGUGUGUCCUCAUUCCUUGCAUUGAAAUUAUUCUCAUGGUGACCUUGAUCCAUCUCUUAUGCACCCUUUUGUGUUUAUGAAGGAACUGUUUGGCCCUUCUGACCCUUUGUGAUGUCCCCUGUUCCUUGCAUUAGAUUUCAAAUCAAAUGCAAUAUUAUAAUGCUCAUAGAAAAAGGACAAAGAAAUUCUCUUUAAUUCUGUUUUUUCUCAUGCAUCAGCCUGUAUAUGCUGGCAUCUUAGAGUCAUAAUGAUCGCAUUACCCUCAAAACUAAUAUAGUAUUUGGGAAAGGGGAUAUAUGUGGUGAAUCUGUUUUAUCUUUUUUUUUUUAGUAGUGGUGACAAGGUUGAGACACCCCGUUCCCUGAUGCUGAUAGGAUAGGAAGUCUUGGCAGAACUCUGCAUAAAGAGCGGGAGAGGGGUUGGGAAUUGUUUUCAUAUUGAUGUUCUAUUUACAAUUUCACAUGGAUCAAAUUGUAGAAAAAAAAAAAAUGGGUAGGAUUUUAGAUCAUGGAAACUGCAUCUUAAAGUUACCAAAUCUAUAAGAUUUACUUGUAUUAAGAAAACUAACUAUGCAAAAGGAGUGUAUUGACCUUGUUAUGUGAAAUGGACAUACUAUUUUACUUGCCCUCAAACCUUUUUUUUUUUGUAAUUGGUAACAAAAGUACCAUAAAACUUCUGUUUAUCAUCAAUAAGAAAUAGUCUGCUGAUAAAUUUCAUCAUUCCUGUGUAAAGUGAUCAACAAAUACAUCAGGGAUCGAUUUUCCACUUCUUUUUGAUGAAAUAACUCUUUAUAAGUAUAUUUUGGAAAAUUGCAGACCUUUUAGAUGUUGUCAAAACAUAAAAGACUAUUAGUAAUGUUAGGGUAUGAGGGUGUGUGUUUCUACCAAAUUGUUAUAAGAAUUCCUCUUGACUAGGCUGUCUAUGCUGAACAAUUCAGUUCUCUCGACCAGUUUGGAGUGGGAGUCUGCAGAAAACGUUAACUCCAUGAAUAUUUGAAGGAAUACAAGGAGUAGCAUAUCUCGAAUAUUUGAAUGAAAAUAUGGUCCAUUCUCCAAGGGCAAGGGGUUGUUGUCAUGGGGGCUAAUUUUCACUUAGCCAAACCUUUGCAGCCGAGCCAUGUCAGCCUCCCACAAGCAAACUCAGGUGUAAUUGAACAAGCAAGCACAUUAGGCACACGCCAUUUAUAAAGAAGGGCCACACCUCUCUAUUAUUCACUCUAUACCCUCGGUCUUAUGAAGCCAUAUAAUUGGUUUAUAUAGCUUUAAAUAUGCAUCUAUAUGCUCACCCUCAUUUACAUGGCAAUUAAGGCUUGCACCACUAUUACCGCCCACUACCUGAUGUGGUAGUGUUUCCAGCCCUUCCAUCAGUGGCUGGCCACAUGGCUAUGAAGGUCCCUCAGGUGGUGGUUAGGUCAUUACUACCAUGCAUGCCAAUUGAAACAUGCAUUGUCAUGUUGAGACUCUCAAAUACAUGUUGGGACAGUAGAAUUAUUAUCAUAACCCUUUCCUUAGGGUUAUGUGUGCAAGCAAAAUGAGGUGCACAUAGAACCUCCUUAACAACAAAACAUUUUACAAAGGAAUUGCAAAUCCUCUACGUACUUGUGCUACUUUGAGCAGUUUAACUCUCUCUCCUAGAGGGCCAAUUCUUUAAACAAAUAAAUCUAUAUAAAGAAGUACUUUCAACCUUGACUUACGUUGGAUUGGAAGCAAGACUGUUAUAGCAUGAUGCACAGAUGAAUGUGCACGUCUCUAAAACCACCACAGUCGUGGGCUUUUAUAACAGCUAUAGGCCCUGUAAGAGAAGAUGAGUGUAAAUGUAGUAGGUUUGAAUGAGCAUCAACAACCAAUACCGUGUAUUUUUGAAUUGGCAUGCAUGGCAAUAAUGACCCAACUAGGACCUUCAUUUCUUAAUAAACUAUGUGGGAAGCCAGUCAUGUAGAGGUACAAUCUGGAGUAGCUACAAUCAACUGGUGGGCAAUAAUGGUAGUAUAAGCCUUAAUUACCAUGUAAAUGAGGGUGAGCAUGUAGGUGCAUUUGGAGCUAUAUAAACCCAUUAGCUGACUACAUAUGACCAAGUGUGUAGAGUGAAUAUGAGCAAGCUAUGACCUUUUUUAUAACUUGUGUAUGCCUUGCAUGCUUGUUUGUUCUAUUCCUCCUGAGUGUGCUUGUGGAUGCUCAUUUAAAUUCAAUACGUUUGCACUCUCACGUGGCCUAUGGCUAUUACACAAGCUUGUGUCUGGAGUCGUUUCAGAGUUUGAAUUCAACUUCUUACACUUAACCGUUAUGGUUAACACCCCUUCCCAACAAGGUAUAUGUUCAGCCACCUCUUGCACAUGGACCAUACCCAUAUCGCCUCAGGUCGUUGUCAUGGUUCGCCCAACCAAGCCUCAAUCUGUUGGUCUUGGUGGUCCACCAAGUCCUACGAACUUAGCCAUUUGUAUAUACCAUUUUGCACCAAGGUUGCACCAGGGUCUUUGCUGCUAGCCUACAUGUGCGCAUUCAUCAAUGCAUCAUGCUACACCAGCCUUGCCUCCCAACCCAGGUGAAUCAAGGCUGAAGGUACUUCUUCACGUAGAUUUUUCUAUGUAAAGAAUUAGCCCUUCAGGAAAGUUAGCUAAACCACCCAAAAUAGCACAAGUCUGUAAAGGACUCGAAAGCCCUUUGUAAAAUGUUUUGGCACUAAGAAGGUUUUGCAUGCGCCCCAUUGUGGUCCAUUCAUGAUACUAAUGAAAGGGGUCUGACAAUAGUUCUAUUGUCCCAAUUUAUAGCAUUUAAGAGUCUCCUUUGAUGAGGAGUGAAAGCUCCUCAAGAGUGUUUCACCAAGGUAGUAUCAGAAAAUACUUCCUACCUUCUGUAGGACUCGAAAGUCCUUUGUAAAAUGUUUUGGCACUAAGAAGGUUUUGCAUGCGCCCUAUUGUGCUCCAUUCAUGAUACUAAUGAAAGGGAUCUGACAAUAGUUCUAUUGUUCCAAUUUAUAGCAUUUAAGAGUCUCCUUUGAUGAGGAGUGAGAGCUCCUCAACUCUAAUCUCCUCAACUCUAAUAAACACUUUGAGCCUAGUCAUUUGGGACUGGGCUUUGGCAAAGUAGAAUCAGCAACUCCAGCCAGAAUUGAGUAGGUCAAGAGUGUUUCAUCAAGGUAGUUUCAGAAAAUACUUCCUACCUCCUAAUACUGCUGGGCAGGGGUUUAUGUAGAAGCUGCCAUCAAAGUUUAAUUUGGUGGGGCCCAUGGGAUUCAUUUCCCACUAGUGCAUUGAAUUCUCAACAUAUAGAGUGAUCUUUAUCCAUGACAUUAUAAACUGCAAAUAAACAUACAUAAAAUUUCUUGAACAUGCAUGUGAGCUACAUCAGAUAACAAGUGCACUACUUUUGUGUGUACGUGUUUAUAUAUAUAUAUAUAUAUGCCCAUACAUCCAUAGUUAUUGUGCCUUUCACUUUCUUCCCUUAUGCCUAUGUCACAUGGAUUCUUCGACAAGAGACCGUAGAUCCCCCUAGAACUGGAAUUUAGCGAUUUUGAGAAAAUUUGGUCACCUAGCCCAGACUAAACCAAAUCAUGCAGAAUACCCUGUUUUAGUAAAAAAAAUCAUUUAAAUAGCAAAACAUCUCGUUUUGACCCAAUUUUUGGCAGGCAGCAUCACAAGAGCCCGUAGAUCCCCUCAAAACUGGAAUCUGCCAAUUCUGAACAGAUUUGGUUUGGGCGACACUGGUAGUGAGCUCCGAUUGCCCCAAAUUGGCAAUUUCCGCAUGCCAACCCCUUCUGAAUCAUUUUUGACUGUCGCCCAAGUCUUGGACCACCAAAACGGCAGUCCAGGCUAGGAAAUCUUCUGGUUAUGGUAUGUUACCAAUUCCACAUGAUUUUCAGCUUAUAAAAAGGUCAUUUUAGGUUAGACAUUUUAGACCUGAUUAGCUUGUGUGCCCAAAAAAAGCUUUGGGAUUGUGAAACCUGAGAAAAACUUAUACCUAAGAAAACCUUAGCUCUAGGCCACCUACAGCCCUUAGAUAAAGAGAUCCAUCCAACCAAGCCAAGGCUUGGUCAAAAUGUGAAGAGAAACAAAGAGGACAUAAACUUAGCCGGUCGUGAUAUGGGCCAGGCCUCAAAGCCUCGGGAGUCCCGGGCCAACUGGCCCGAUCUGGUAUUUUUUUACUCUUUUUGCAUUUCUUCUCUGUAUUCAUUUAUUUUUAUUAGAAUUAAACCCGUUUUAUUGCAUUUUAUCUGCCACUGAUCUGAGAGCAGAUCUGCUCACUUCUAAGUAGAUCUGACCUCGGAUAGGAAUUUGAUUGUCCCACUCUCUAUCGCACAUCAUUUUUAAAAUUAGUUUGUGGUACGGAUUUGAGGGAUCUUCCUUUAAACACAUAGCAUUAUGCUUCUAAGUUUUAUGAUUCAGAUCAUUCCCUUGAUUUGUUUUCUUGCACAUGCUAACUUUCAAAGGCUCUUUUUUCUGGUCACUAGCCUGAAUUCAGAUUACUCUGGAUAAUUUUCUUUCAAAUAGGGAUUGUCUUUUCAUAUAUAUAUAUAUAUAUAUAUAUAUAUGGAAAAGUCUUCCCAACUCCUAUAGGCAAAAAUGAACAGUGAUUUCGCUAUAUGUAUAUAAUGUAUACACACACACAUACCAACUUACUCAAAUUCUUAAAUUGUUCUUUAUAUAUUCUGCUGUUUUGUUCUAACUGGUUCUCGUUUUACCAUGUUGCUAUGUUUUUUGGACUUGGUGAUGUUGAUGAUUUGGAUCCACAGUACUUGCUGGGCUAGCUUUUAUGUUUUCAUCUAGCAUCCUCUUGCAGAUUCUGGCUUGCGCUAUAUAUGGUAAUUGGUGGCCAAUGUUAUCAGCUCUUAUGUAUGUAUUGGUGCCAAUGCCCUGUAUGUUCUUUGGAGGCGGGUCUACACAGUUCUUGAGCUCCAGCGAUGGUGGAGGGGCUUCAAUUCCAUCCCUUUUCCCCUUAGUUUUGUCAAUAGCACAGAUGGCACAUGGUGUAUCAUACAACAAAGGGCCAUCAACUAUCGUUUUCAAAUCAUUGAUGGUGAAGAUUAACCAUAGACUGGUGAAUGUCAACCAUCAGCUGGAUCGAUGCUGCGAAAUUUUUGACCGGCGCUUCUGCAGUGGGGAGCAUUGCAAUUCCUGCAAUUCUGAGGCAUGCAAAUUUGAUAGAAACUGGGGCCAUGCUUAUCGUCUUCACUUCUUUCUUCAUUUUUGUCUGCACAGUUUUAUGCUUCCAUAGAGUGAGUCUUGAUGAGGAGUGGUGAAUGAGUAAAGACAACACACUGUAAAUUACAUUAAUGGAUGUAUAGGACGAAAUUGUGGUUGGUCCAUCAGAAUUCAUGGGCAAAAGUUCUCACUUUGUUUGGUC